AUGGAAAUGACAAUUGGCUUCCUCAUCAUUUUGCUAGCUGCUGCAGCUUUAGUUCAUGCCCAGAGCCAAAUAGGAUUCAUAAGCAUCGACUGUGGCUCAAAACAAGAUGCAUACACGGACACGGACAACGGCAUACGUUAUCAUUCAGACGAUAAUUAUAUAAAGACUGGGAUAAAUAAGGAUAUCGCUGCGAAAUAUGCAUAUCCAGCCAAUCCAGACCUACCGCAGCCUCUUUCGGAUGUCAGAAGUUUUCCUCAAGGUCUAAAGAACUGUUACUCCUUCACUGAAGCUGGAAAGGGCAGUUUGAAUUUGCUUAGAGCUACAUUUUUCUAUGCAAACUACGACGAUAAAAACAAACCUCCUGAAUUCGAUCUCUACGUCGACGUCAAUCUAUGGUCCACCAUAAAAUUCUCAAGUGUUUCCGAUAUCAUCACAACUGAGAUAAUCGUGACUGCUGUCUCAGAUACCAUGUACGUUUGUCUUGUGAACACAGGUUCGGGGGAUCCAUUCAUCACAGCAUUAGAGCUCAGGCCGAUUAUUGAUUCAUCAAUGUAUCUGAAAUCGAACUCUACUUCGUUAUUACUCUUAAAAAGAUUGAAUAUUGGCCAAACCAACAGUACAGGCACAGGUCGAUAUGAAGAUGAUAAGUACGAUCGAAUUUGGACCAACUACAUGAAACCCAACGCUUGGGAUUCCCUCAUAACUUCUCAACCAAUUAAUAAUCCCUUAGAUGGUGGAAAUGGCGUGCCCUUUCGAGUGAUUAGUACUGCGGUUAAGCCCCGGAACGGUACUAGUACAUCUUUGGUGUUCAACUGGAGCAGUGCAAAUGAUUCGAGCUCUGUAUUUUAUAUUUACAUGUAUUUUGCCGAGCUGGAGCUACUUGGGAAAAGCGAGCGUAGAAAAUUUAACGUGUCUUGGAAUGGGGUUCCGUUGUUUGGACCUUUUAGUCCUCUAGAAUUAUCAGUCAGCACAAUAUCAAACUCGACCAGCACAAUGUCAAACUCAAGGGCUGUUGCUGGUAAAGAGCACCAGAUUUCUAUUAUUAAAACAGAGGACUCUACACAGCCGCCAAUCCUAAAUGCUCUUGAGAUUUAUUUGGUCAAACACAUGAAUCAAUCACCAACAUAUGGUCAGGAUGUCAAUGCAAUUGGAGAAGUCAAGUCAACAUAUCAAAUUAAUAAAAACUGGGAGGGUGAUCCAUGCAGCGUGCCAGGGAAUUUAUCUUGGGAAGGUCUAAAAUGCAAUUACUAUACUUCAUUUCCUCGGAUUACUUCUUUGAACUUGACCUCGAGUAAUCUGAGUGGGAAAAUAGUUGCUUCCAUCGGCGAGCUCUCAUUCCUAGAGAUUUUGGAUUUGUCUUACAAUGGCUUAACUGGACCAUUUCCUACGUUCUUGGAGAAUCUAAAAUCUCUGAAGUUAAUAAAUUUGACAGGCAACCAUUUGUCUGGUAACGUUUCUAAUACUCUUGUCAAGAGAUCGAAGGCUGGAUCACUAACUUUGAGCGUGGAUGCCCAAAAUCUCCAAAAUCAUUGUGGCUCUGUUACAUGUAAAAACAAUAAAAAAAUUGUUGUUCCAAUAGUGGCAUCAUUGUCAUCAGCUUUGAUCGUCCUUAUACUGCUGGUUCUUGGAUGGAUACACAGGAGAAAAGGAAAAAAAAAACUAGAAGAGGCAGAAAUGAAUAAGAAAACAGGAAAAACGGUAGCAAUAAAGAAGAUCCAUUUUAGUCUUGAGGAGAUUUUAGAGAUUACCAGCGACUUUGGAAAGGUGAUAGGAAAAGGAGGAUUUGGGACAGUAUACCAUGGGUACAUGAAGGAUGGCAGCCAAGUUGCAGUAAAGAUGCUUUCUCCAUCGUCAUCUCAAGGACACAACGAAUUCAAAACAGAGGCAGAGCUCUUGAUGAGAGUUCAUCAUAGAAACCUUGCCACAUUUGUUGGAUACUGCGAUGAUGCCGAUGAUCACUUGGCGCUUAUCUAUGAGUUCAUGGCUAAUGGCAACCUUAAAGAAUAUCUUUCAGAGAGGAGUACGGAUUUGAAUUGGCAAACGAGGCUUCGCAUAGCUAUAGAUGCUGCACAAGGUCUAGAGUACCUGCAUCAUGGAUGCAAGCCACCAAUUAUACAUAGAGAUGUCAAGACAGCAAACAUACUUUUAACCCAAGCUUUGGAUGCUAAAAUAGCAGAUUUUGGACUUUCCAAAGUAGUUCCCGGUGACAGAGACUCUGAUCAUGUGGAAACCACGGUCAUGGGCACAGCAGGAUAUCUUGAUCCAGAGUACUACACUAGUCAUAUGUUGAAUGAGAAAAGUGAUGUUUACAGUUUUGGUGUGGUUUUGUUCGAGCUAAUUACUGGCCAAACUGCAGUCAUUAAAAGAAAUGACAUGGAAUUCACACACAUAAGAAAUUGGGUGGUCCCUAAGCUCCGAGAGGGAGAUAUAGCAAAAAUUAUUGAUGGGAAAUUGCAACCAGAUUUUGAGGUGAAGUCUGUCUGGAAAGCUUUGCAAGUAGCAAUGGCGUGCACAAAUAUUGCCUCCAUUGAUAGACCCACCAUGAGUUCUGUACUGGCAGAGCUUAAACUUUGUUUGGAAAUGGAGUUAUUUAGGGAUGGAGAUAAGAGAUCACCGGCACGGUCCAUGGAGGAGAUGUUCAGAGCAACAUAUGGUCCUGGCGUGUAUCUCCCGAGUAAUGAUGAUUCUGUUAAUGCUCAAUCCAUGACUGCUCCAUUUACAAGGUAG